AUGCGGCUGCCUGAGCAACCUGGAGAGGGGAAGCCUGAGAAUGAGGAAAAGGGGGGCAGAGGAGCCCCCGGAGGGGGAGAGGAGCCGCUGAGGACCCAGGCCCCCGACUUCCCCACUUGGCAAAAGAUGCCUUUUCACCACGUGACGGCCGGCCUGUUGUACAAGGGGAAUUACCUCAACCGAUCUCUGUCUGCUGGCAGCGACAGCGAGCAGCUGGCUAACAUCUCUGUGGAGGAGCUUGACGAGAUCCGAGAGGCCUUUCGGGUUCUGGACCGAGACGGCAAUGGCUUCAUCUCCAAGCAGGAGCUGGGAAUGGCCAUGCGCUCGUUGGGGUACAUGCCGAGUGAGGUGGAACUGGCCAUCAUAAUGCAGCGCCUGGACAUGGACGGGGAUGGUCAGGUGGAUUUUGAUGAAUUCAUGACAAUCCUUGGCCCCAAACUGGUGUCUUCAGAAGGUCGCGAUGGUUUUCUUGGAAACACGAUAGAUAGCAUAUUCUGGCAGUUCGACAUGCAGAGGAUAACUCUGGAAGAGCUGAAGCACAUCCUCUAUCACGCCUUCCGGGACCACUUAACGAUGAAGGACAUUGAGAACAUCAUCAUCAACGAGGAAGAGAGCCUGAAUGAGACCUCGGGGAACUGCCAGACGGAGUUUGAGGGCGUGCAUUCCCAGAAGCAGAACAGACAGACCUGCGUCCGGAAGAGCCUCAUCUGCGCCUUCGCCAUGGCCUUCAUCAUAAGCGUCAUGCUGAUCGCGGCCAACCAGAUCCUCCGGAGCGGCAUGGAGUAG